AUGUGUUCUAAUGGUGUGUAUCAAUUAAAAAAAAUUUUAUUGAAAUAUAGUGAAACAGGGCAUAGUAGUAGGAAUGUUCGUUUUUUUUUGAGAUUUAUUUUACCCGAUUAUAAAGAAGAAAAUAAACAUUUAAAUUUCGAAAUACAACAUGAGCAAUAUGAAGAACCAUUAGCUAUAUUUGAAUAUAUAAAUAAUAGCAAAUACGAAAUAUCAUUAAAAGAUAUAAAAUCUAAGCAUAUUGUUGACAUUAUUAAUUUAUAUAAAGAUAGUGCUGGGAACACUGAUUUUUUAAAACAUGGUGGCCCUAAAGUUUACUCAAAUAGAAGAAGUAUUCAAGGAUUAUGGUGUCCAAGUAUAUAUAGUGAAUUAAAUGCCAUUUCUUAUUUAAAAAAAAAAAAAAAGAAUAAUAUUAAAUUGCCAAAAUAUACAAGAGAAAGUUUAAAUUUAAAUUAUGAUGUUAUAAAAGGCAAUGGUAGAUGGGGUAAUGAAAACUUAUUCCCAAAAGGUUUUGACCAAAAAUAUUUAAAAAACAUUUUUUGCUUUCCUUUUAUAGAUAGUUUGCCAAAAAAAAGUGAACAAAAUAAUAGUUGUAAUGCAUAUGAACCACAUAUAAAUUCUUUUUAUAAAUUUUACAAAAAUUAA